UUUUGUUGUAGGUCACUGUGUUGCAAUGGAGAGGAGAGUUUAAAUUUUGUGGCUGGAUCCUAAAAGGAAAGUCCCUCCCAGGUUAAAGUUCACAAUGCUGGAGGAGGAGGAUCGCUGGGAUAAACUGAAGAGCUGGGCCAAUGUACAGCAUGACAUUCAGACCCGUCUCCAGGCCCUAGACAAGUUUGACCAGAGUGUGUCACUCCACCACGGUCCACAGUUGUAUCACACCCUUCGGCAUCCAUCUCACAUAAAGUGUAUGACACACUUUACUAGUAAUGUAGGAGAGAACUUUGUGACCCAUUACAGAAUUGGGACGAUGGACCACUUCUCUGUCUGGAAUAUGGAAUCAAGGGAACGAGAUGCAGCAUGUAACCAAAGAAGGUUUAACAUUGAUGCUGAGAUCACAACCUUGAUGUUUGUUCCUAAGCACAGAGUUUACCUGGGAUUUGGGUCAGAUUUAGUUAUGAGGGUCUACACUGAUGCUAUGAGUGGCUGCAAGAAUGUGGGGUCAAUUCCUUGUGAUACCACCAUCUUAUGCAUGUCUUACAACAAAGACACAGAUGAGGUUUAUGCAGGGGGAAUAGGAGUUCUGGAAAAGUGGAAGUUUACGGGGUCAGAGCACUCAGCAGUUGCUCAGAGGGGUGAGAUGUUUGACACAGAAUUAAGAUCGGAUGAGUGGGUGAUAGAUAUAAAAGUAGAUCCUAGAAACAAACAGAUGUUGGCUUUAACCCAUGAUGGAAUAUAUGUUGUCAGUUUUGUGAGUAUGAAACAGACACAUUUACUGCAGAACAGACAUGAAGGCUCACUUCGAUGCUGUUCGUUCUACAAACAGCGGGAGUAUUUCAUAACAGGUGGUGGGGAUGGACAGGUCAAGGUAUGGAAUGCAGUAGUGUUCACACAAGUCCAUGUGUUUUAUGGUCAUCGCGGACCAAUCACAGGGCUCCAGGUCCACAGUACUGACCCUCUUCUCUUCUCCAGCUCCAUGGAUGGAACAGUACAAAUAUGGAGGAUGGACAACUUUAGCAAAUUUAUGCGAGUUGACCUAGGAGAUGGUAUUCGUCAAAUGAAAUUGUUGGGUGAUGAGGAAUUUUUCUGUCAAACAGAGAAGGAAAUAAGAAUUUACAAUCUGAAUCAGUUUUACACCUUGUUUGCUCCUGUAGAGUCGACCGUUUUUAAACUUCAGUUGUUUCCCAGUGUUCAUGGCCGCGCAAGUCGAGUCCUAUGUUCUACAGAGGAUGGAUCUGUAAGAUUUUUCUCCCCUGUCACAGGAGCCACAAUUACCAUAGUCUACCCAAUGCCAACUUUCCAGGUUUUGACUUCAUUUGCCUACAAUAGAGAUAAAGAGAAGUUACUGACCAUUCUACAGAAUGGAGAUGUACUGGUGUUUAACUGUACCACUAACCCGAGUAAAGCUGAGGAGGUGUGGCAGGCAGCGUCAGUAGAUGAGGAGGUCACUCAGCUCGCUAUCAUGGCACUGAGCUACAAGGAUUUGGAAGAAGAGGUUGUUAGAGAAAUAGUUGUUUUUGGAGGAUUAAAGAAUGGACAAGUCUCCCUUCUGGAUGCUGACCGCUGUGUAAUGGUGAAGAAUCUUCAGGCACAUGAAGGUGCCAUUACCUGCAUGGAGGCUACCACUGAUAUUGAUGACAGAGGAAAGCAAAUUCUGGAAACAAACACCACCCUCGUCACAGGCGGAGAAGAAAAGUCCCUAAAGGUGUGGUCAGUAUGUGUCAAAGCAGGACACUCGGGGAACAAAAUUACACUGGAGCCACUAAUUAAGAUUCCCUGUGCUGGUAUCCCAGACCUUCUCAGUGUGUAUGAGAACACUCUCUGUGUUACCAUCAACAGUCCUGAUACUAAUCUAUAUUUAAGAAUGUACAGAAUGGAUGGACGUGAUCUAGAGAAUGUGUCAUCUUUACAAUUCACAGAACUUCAUCAUGCCAAGGAUGAGGAACACACAAAGAGGAUGACGGCACUUGACAAAUGUCCUCUGUUGGGACUGUUUGCUACAGCUGGUGAAGAUGGCUAUAUCAAGGUGUGGAAUCGUCACAAUCAGCUGGUGAGGGAGAUGUAUUUCGGAGAGCCUCUAUAUGGUCUCUGUUUUGCCAAUGCUCGAGGUGAUCUGCUCGUAGGAUUUCAGAACCAUGUCUGCUUAAUUCCACUGACCAAUUUCUUCCCUCAGAAUUAUCUGGAGCUCAUUUCACUGCAAGAAUUCAAGGACGAUUUGAGAGAACCACCAAUACCAUACAGUUCAAAGGUUAAAUCAUGGUUUGACCCGAGCAAACUGCCGACCUUCAGUACAACCUUGUCUAUCAGAAACCAGGAGAAGAAGGACCCAGAUAUCGAUCAGGACGUCCUCGAGGACAUCGAGGAUCACAGUGAUUCUGAGGACAGCUUGUUAGAUGCCCCAACCUACAAAAAAUACCGCCUCCCAAAGUCAAAACUGAAUGUUCAGGAGGAAAAUCUGCUGAAGGAACUGGAAAGAAAGAGGAAGUCAGUUGUUGAACCUGAUGUGAUGCAGUAUACAGAUUUUACCGAUAUCUUCAAUGAUUUGUACAAAGCAGAGGAAAGUCCGCAACCUACAGACAUUGAAGAAGGCUUUGAAUCAGACAUAGAAGAAACACCACGAACAAAGAAAUCUAAAAAAGAGAAAAGAAGAAAGAGUAUGUCUUCCAUUCCAAACAUCCAUCUACUGUCUCCCUUUGAGCAGGCCCUCCUAAAGAGGAAACCAAUAAUAGCACUUGAUGGGUACAUACCAAACUCGGUGAUCAGAAAACAGCUAAGUUAUCGUCCACCCACCCCACCACAGCCACAGAAACGAAAGGAUGUCUGGAGACCAAAACCGGUUCCAAAGCCGAUGCCAAAGAAAGAAGUUGAAGAAGAGGAAGUUAUGGAUUUAUAUGAGAAGCCAUUAGUUUGGGGAGAACCGGAGCCAAGUACAAAGAAAUCCAUUAUGUCUCCGUGGAAAAAGAUGACUUCUAUGGUUAGGACAACAUCCAAUUUGUCGUCUACAUCUUCCAAAAGGGCGUACAAACCUCCCAGUCGCCGGUCAACACCCAACACUCCAACCAAAUAUGAAUUGCCUAGCAUUGUCAAGCACCAGCAUCAACAUCAGCAUUUUGUGAAGUCUAAGGCAUUUGAGUUUGGAAAUGUUUUUGAUGUGAGAGGACCACACCCUAAAUCAGGUGGUCCAGGGAGUCGAGAGAGAACCAAGUCAUUCAGACUGUCAAACAUGGUAGUUGAUGAAGAUUCCACCGAUGUCAGAUUUAAGGAAAAGGAAAGCAGGAAGAAGGCGAUACAGGUGAAUGAUAUGGAGGUCAUGCACAAACUGAUGAAGGAGGACUUCUUCCGUGACCUGAAGGGGACACCGUCAUACGAGUCGGUCCUCCAGCAGCUGCUGACCAUGCUGGACACAGAUGAUGCGGAUCUACAUGGAAAAGUCUGUAACUACAUCUUAGAAAUCCACGAAGAUGUUGGUAUAUCCGAUGUGUACCUAGAUAGGAUCAUUAAUAAGUUGUCCAAUCAGCUGACGUCAGGGAACAUUCAAACAUCCAUCAGGAAAAAUGGCCUGUCUGCUCUCUCCGUCAUCGGCAAGAGUCGUCAAGAUGUCGUAGCUACCAUUCUACCCCGACUCAUCGAUAGUUCGACUGACAUCCGAGAGGAAGCCGCAGAAGCCUUAGCCGCCCUAACAGGAGUGACGAAUAAGACAGAGUUGUGGAACUUGAUGGAGGAGAUGGGGCUACAGAAGACGUACAACAGCAAGGAGGAUGAGGAGGAGGCUCUGAAGGCCCUUGCCAUGAGGCUGGACGUCCCUUACAGACCGGACAGCUUCACAGAUUGGAUCGGGGACUGGAUGGAUGAUAUGCAGAGUCCAGCCAUGUAUGAUGUGGAAGAUGAUCUGCAGCUGAAUGAUAUAGAGAAGGCCUGGGGUGGCAGAGACAAAAGAUGGAAGCCUGAGUCAUUAUACUUAUCAGAAUCUGUCAGCAGAGCUUCCAAUCGACUCAAAGAGUUGUCCUUUAUAUCAGAUAGAUCUCGUGGUUGGACCCCAGGAACCACAACCAGAACUAGAAUGGAUUUCAGGAAUGAACUUGAAAAUUUGAAAGAAUCUGUAGACGGCCAGGGCCCACAGUCACCAAGGAGAAUCAGUCGCGGAAGGUUGGAUAAAGAGAACCUGAUCUCCACUCAGAAUGAUGGCUCUGGUCGCAGUUACAAUUCAGAAAUGGACGAUUGGUUUGACCCCCGUGACCCUCACCUAUAUAAAUACUACAGAAACCAGUACAAGAGACCGGGCAGUGGCAGGCCCAUUGUUGGAAAGCGAGGGGGAGCUCUCGAUCGGUUUGGAAAAUUUGGAGAAGAUUCUGAUGGCGAAGGACAUCUGAGAUCUCAGGGAGAGUUUGUUGAUUCCAGUAUCACUCAGCCUGAGGACAUUACUACAGAUUCUAUGAGUGCCCAGGACUCUGGCAUUGGGGGAGAACUCUCUGAGUCUGUCACUUCAAGGUCAAGUAAAGGUCAACUAGUGAGUUCCCAUCCCUCCUUUAUGUCGUCAGAGAGGAGCCAAGGACAUCCAAGCAAGGGGGUUGGUAGGAAGCGUUCUAAGCUGUCAGAUUGGAGCAGGACACAGCUGUCUCCAGUAAAAUCCAGCAGUUCUCUACACAAAUCUGCCAUGUCUACUCCUAGAUUCAGCAGAGAUUGGCAGAAAUUUUUUAACACUCCAACUGCCCAAGAAAGGAAGCGCAUGGAUAUGGUUAAGAAAGAUUUCACAGAGGGAAAAGUGAAGCAUCCUAUAUCAGCAACCAUUAACUACAUCUCAGAUGACCUUCCAAUGUUACCUGGAGAGGCAGGGCUCAGGUUACUACACAGAGUUAAAGUUGGAGAGAAAAUGGAUGAAAGUAAACAUGAACAGAGGCAUCAAGUGGAAGCCAUUCCAGGAAAGCUGAGCUCACAGACAAAGAACGAAAACCGUGGCCAGGCACAAUAUGGCAUCCUGAGUAUGCAGUGGAUCACAGACAUUCCUGUUUCAAACGCUCCCAAUGUAUCCACCCCUCGAUUUCAACCCAGAUCUGACGCAGGUUCAUCAUUGUCUCAGGUCACUGAGAGGUCACAGGAUGUUCACACUGUGAAAUCCAUGGGCAGAGAGACGUCACGUCUUCCAAGGCUUGCUCAAAAAUAUUCCAAAAUUAACGUAUCCAGCAGAGAAAAAUCAAGAAGAGAUACAGAUGAUGAGUCCUUUUAUUUACCCACAAUUCCUGGUGCCUACACUCCUGAUUUCGUGUGGGAACACCCCCUGCCACCCCCACCUCCCCGUGAAUCCAGGACAAAUAUAGCAUCCAUCAAAAAACAGCAAGAAGAAUACUGCAAAUACUAUAAAAUGAUAAAACAUAACAUGCAGAAAUAUACCUCUAAUGUGCCAUCACUACCCAAGGUAGACAUAAAGCAAGCUAUACCCACCUCUAAGCUACAGAAAAGUUUAACAAAGAUGUCCAAGUUGUCUAGAGGUCCGAGUCUGUUCUUCCCCAAAAUCACACUAAAUCAGCUGAUAUCCUCCACAUGAUGAUCAGAGGCCCCGGGAGUGAGAUUUCCCUUAGCCACUUUCUUUUACAUACUUGAUUUACUUCAAAGUUUCAAGAGAACAUUAUAUUUCUCUAGAUCUCUAAGUUACAUUGUUAUAUUUUUUUCAUGUCCAUUUUUAUUGUAUCAGGCUUUUCAUUGCUUUGUAAAAUCCAUGUUUUCUUUAGACACCAGGAAUGAGGUAGAAAAUUGUUGUAAAAGCUGCUUUUUUUCAAAUUCUUGCUUACAACAAAAGAAAAGAAAAGAAGUUACACAGCAUUCCCAAUUUCAAUAUGAAUACUAACUAUACACUUUACAUAACUAUAGAGAAAGUCAAAUCAUAGAAUGCUUCUUUGUUAUAUAGGACACUUGAAAUCUG